CACCUUAUGUAUAAAAACAAAUACAUCCCUUUCUUGUUCUAUUUUCUCUCAUUUGUAUGCACUUGGUGGCAGUGAAGCUGUGAAUUAAUGCAGUGUCUCUUGAAGUUUGAAGUCCCCAAGGUUGAACUGCAGAAUUUCAAUCUGGCUUCACAUAGCUCAGCUUGUUUGCAAGUUCGCAUGGAUUCAUCUGACUGGCUACAGGGCACAAUUAUCGACGAGACAGGAAUGGAUUCUUCUUCUUCACCAUCUGGGGACAUGCUCACAUGCUCAAAUCCCUUACUAGAGACCAGACUUAGGCCCCAACAUGACCAAGCCAUAAAGUGCCCUAGGUGUGACUCAACACACACCAAGUUCUGUUACUACAACAACUAUAGUCUCACCCAGCCAAGGUACUACUGCAAAACAUGUAGAAGGUAUUGGACCAAAGGAGGGACCCUAAGGAACAUCCCUGUGGGUGGUGGAUGUAGGAAGAACAAGAAGGUUUCUUCCAAGAAAUCAAAUGAUCAACCCUUCGACCCGAACCCCAGACCCAGAUCAUCGUCUAUCAAUCCAACUGAUCUUCACCUUUCUAACAUAUUAGGCAACCAUGGUGGCCUUACUAGCCCUAGUUUCAUGGACACCAAGUACAAUGCCUUACUUGAAAAUCCUAGACCCAUUUAUUUUAUGGAAAGUAAGUAUGAUGGUCAUGUUGGAGUCAGUUCUAGAGACCAUGGUUUCAUGGAAAAUGGUGGAUUAAGUAUGAUGGGUGGGUUUGGUGAUAUGGGUACUCAUGGGUUGGGAUCCAAUUGUCAUGGCUAUUGGUCUCCAUUUGGAAUGUCUCUUGAUGGGAACACUAGUGGGAGUGGGACUUUGAUGAACAGUGACCAGAGGCUAAAUUUAAAGCUUCAACAUGGAGGAAAUGAGGAUCAAAAUGCAAUGGAAGUGAAGCAAAACAACAAGCUUUUGUCACUAGAAUGGCAAGAUCAAGGUAGUUCUUCUGAUUCUGGGAAGGGCUCUUUUGGUUAUCCCAAUGGACUUGGACUGUGGACUCGCAUGAUGAACAGUUAUGGGUCUUCUGCAACAAACCCAUUGGUUUAAAGGGUCAGACAAGACUAUACUUCUGAAUCUGAUCAUCAAGUUUUGUUGCAUGAUGAAUGGUUAAGAUCAUCUACAAGAAAUAUAAUCCUGAUAGUGACUGUCUAAUUAUAUAGAUACAAGAAAAUGCCGUUGAUGGAAAGGGUUUUUUAGGGUUUCUGUCUGUGAAGGUUGUUCCUGUUAAUAAUUGACUCGACUAGCCUGAGUGGGA